AUGAACACAUCUCCGGGAAUGGCACCAUCAUCUCCAGCCUUGUUUUCGCCGUCUCUCACCAGACGGCCCCCCAGUCCUGGAAGGAGGUCGCCUUCACCUUUCAGAUCUCCCUCUCCUUCUAUAAUGACUUCACCUAAACUAUGGCAGAAAGCUGCGAUAUCACGUUUGGCUGAGGAGUUCUUCUGGAUAGGGGGAAGUAUUGUUGCAUCACCGAAAUGGAGAAUGGGCCAGAUAGUGGAGAGAUGCAUUUGCAACAUGCAGGCUGGAUCACAAAUGAUUAAACUGAGAGGAAAAUCCAAGGCUCUAGUGCGCCUCUUCUAUCUAGAUGAGCACAAGUCCUGCAUCCGUUGGAGGCCCUCCAGAAAACAUGAAAGAGCCAAAAUCACCAUAGACUCCAUCCAUGAGGUCUGUGAGGGGAUGAGAACUGAGGUCUUCAGACGAUUUGCCAGCAAUAACUUUGAUCCAAACUGCUGCUUCAGUAUUUACCAUGGAGACCACGUGGAAUCUCUUGAUUUGGUGUCCACGAAUGGAGAAGAGGCACGGACCUGGAUUACUGGCCUUAAAUACCUGCUGGCAGGCAUCAGUGACGAGGACAGUCUGGCAAAAAGGCAACGGACAAGAGAUCAAUGGCUGAGGCAGACCUUUUCAGAAGCAGACAAAAAUGGAGACGGGAAUCUCAGCAUUGGAGAGGUUUUACAGCUGCUCCACAAACUCAAUGUGAACCUUCCAAAGCAGAAAGUCAGAGAAAUGUUCCAGGAGGCUGAUACUGAUGAAAACCAGGGCUCGUUGACAUUUGAGGAAUUCUGUACAUUUUACAAGCUGAUCUCAACACGCAGAGAUCUUUACUUACUAAUGAUCACCUACAGCAACCACAAAGAGCACAUGGACCUGAAUGACCUCCAACGCUUCUUAGAAAAUGAGCAAAAGAUGGUAAAUGUGUCCAAAGACUACUGCAAGAUGAUCAUCAACCAGUUUGAGCCAUGUUCUGAAAACCUCACACGUAUGGUGCUGAGCAUUGAUGGUUUCACCAACUACAUGCGAAGUCCUGCAGGGGACGUCUUUAACCCAGAGCACUACAAAGUAAAUCAGGACAUGACGCAACCGCUGACCAAUUACUAUAUCGCAUCUUCUCACAACACUUACCUGACCGGAGAUCAGCUGAUGUCUCAGUCUCGGGUUGACAUGUAUGCGUAUGUGCUUCAGACGGGCUGUCGCUGCGUGGAAGUUGACUGCUGGGAUGGUCCUGACGGGGAACCGAUUGUGCAUCAUGGUUACACACUUACCUCAAAAAUUCUGUUUAAAGAUGUUGUUGAGACGAUCAACAAAUAUGCAUUUGCCAAAACUCAAUUUCCAGUGAUCCUUUCUAUAGAGAACCACUGCACUGUGCCUCAGCAGAAGAAAAUGGCUCAGCACCUCAUGGAAGUGCUACAGGACAAGCUAGACCUGUCAAAUAUAAAUGUGAACGAGUCCAGGCGUCUGCCAUCUCCAGAGCUUUUGAAAGGGAAAGUGCUUGUCAAGGGAAAGAAGUUGCCAGCAAACAUUGAUACUGAUGCAGAGGAAGGAGAUGUGUCGGAUGAAGACAGCGGUGAGGAGGAGGAGGAGGAAGAGGAGCAAAUUAAUGGAGAUACCACAGAAGGAGCACCAGAGACGGGCGAUGAAUCAAAGAAACGCUCACGGAGGUUGUUCAUGGACAGCUUCAGACGCAAGAAGAAAAAGAGGGUAAAGUUAAAAAAGAGGCCCGUCCUGAGUGACUCUGAUAAUGAGCAAGAAAUUCCAAGCAGCAAUGAUAAACAGGUCAUCAACUAUGGCAAAAGAAGGAAAACAAUGAGACUUUCUCGUGCCCUCUCUGAUCUAGUCAAAUACACAAAAUCAGUGCGAGUUCACGAUAUAGAAACUCAAGCAUACAUGUGCAGCUGGCAAGUGUCCUCCUUAAAUGAAAGCCUAACUAACCAGAUUCUGCAGCUAAAGCCUGCCCAGUUAGUUCGCUUUAAUCAACGGCAGCUCUUACGAGUCUACCCUUCCAACUACCGCGUUGAUUCUAGCAACUUCAAUCCUCAGCCUUUUUGGAAUGCAGGUUGUCAUUUAGUCGCUCUCAACUAUCAAACAGAAGGCCGUAUGCUGCAGCUGAACAGGGCAAAAUUUGCAGCGAAUGGAAACUGCGGCUAUGUACUGAAGCCAAAAUGCUUGUGUAAAGGUGCCUUUAAUCCUGUGCUGGAAGACCCUUUGCCAGGACACAGGAAAUCUCAGCUAGUGCUCAAGAUAAUUAGUGGCCAGCAGCUACCGAAGCCAAAAGACUCCAUGUUAGGAGACAGAGGAGAGAUCAUAGAUCCCUUUGUGGAAGUGGAGAUUAUUGGAUUGCCUAUCGAUUGCAAUAAACAGCAGACAAGAGUAGUAGACGAUAACGGUUUUAAUCCCAUGUGGGAGGAGACACUUGUGUUUACUCUGCACAUGCCCCAGAUUGCCUUAGUACGCUUUAUGGUUUGGGACCAUGAUCCAAUCGGACGAGACUUCAUUGGACAGAGAACCAUAGCAUUUAAAAGCAUGAUGGCAGGCUAUCGACAUGUUUAUUUAGAAGGUAUGGAAGAAGCAUCUAUCUUUGUUCAUGUUGCCAUAAAUGACGUUACAGGAAAGGUCAAAUCAAGCAACGCGGUCAAGCAGCUAAUCCAGAAAAACCUUAUGCAGACCUCCGAAGAUGGCACAAGGACAUCCUUCGGCCCGAACUUCCUGCGGAAAGGAGCUGGAAAGAACCAAGCAAAAGUGGUGAAGACCUUAGCUGACUGCUACACCAAAGAAGACUUUCUAAACAGACGUUACAGUGACGACGUGAGCUCAAAGGACAGCAGGAGCACCUCACAGUCUACAUCCUUGCUCAGAGGAGCUCAAAGUGAACCCCUUAGAAGGGCCCAUAAGGUCUGUUUUCAGGAGCCGGAAGGAUCUCACGAGGUACGUCAUCACCUGUCCUCCGUCACAUGCUCUGUUGGAGCAGGAGUGGCUGUAGACUACGCUAACUUAGCAUUCGACUCAAAAGACAGGUCGGAUUUGGACAUUCAGACUUUUGUGGUUCAGUCACACCUUGAGGAAACCAAAGGCAAAUUAUUCAUUGAUGAGGAAACUAUUUCGAUACAAAAUAAACAGGAGUGUGAGUCUACAAACUUAGCGAUAACUAAGAUAAAGGUUGGCUCUUCUACACUGAAUAAUCAGUCCUUGUUGCAGCAGAUCUCAGGAGUUAAAUGUGAAGAUUCAGAGCAGGAGCAUGAGAUGUACGAACCUCAAGAGAGUCCGAAACCUACACAAGAGUGUGAACCCUUACAUUUCCAUCCGAUACCCGAUGGAGUAUUAGAUCCUUCCAGUGGAUCAUUAAACACCAGAACUGUGUUGCUCAGGAAUAAAUUUGGAUGUUCUUUAGAUGGUAGGCUUAACCCUCAGAGGCAGCCAUUGUCAAUCCCUGCAACCCCUGCGCUGAGCAGACGCAUGAAUGACCCAGACACACCGUCUUCCAGAGAUUCACCAUUUAAAGGACGUAGAUCACAAAGCGUCCCGAGACACCAACCGCCCUCGCCACCACAGACACCCCAUCACGUUAGAAAAGACUUCCUUAACCAGCACGCUCUCCCUCAGUGCAGUCACUCUGCACCAAAAAACUCUGUUUAUAAUAAUCACAACCUCGCUGAGAGUGAAUCAAGCAGCCUAAGUAGUUUGGACAGCCUUGACCUGAGUACUCUGCCAUCCCGUUUCCCUGACAACCAGCAGCAGACAAUGGGCACACUGCAGAGGGAAAUGAAUGCUCUGUUUGAGCAGAAAAUGCGUGAGAUUCGCUGCCAUUCGCCACUGCUUUUCGAAGAUUCUUCAACAUUGUAGGGAAAAAAAACCUGUGAAACCUUGGAAGAAAUAACAUGAUUCCACAUUGCACACUACUCACAGAUGCUACAGGAAGAAAAGCAAUUACGUAAAUACAUAUUUGUAUUUUGUAUUAUCUUGAUUAAAUCUUACUCAUCAGCUCAUGCCAUCUGGACUCAUAAUUCAUCUUUUCUCUAAAAGGAAUGUCACAUUUAGACUUUUGCAUUUGGAAACUGCAAUUCAGAAUUGAAAACUAAACCUACGUUUCUCAUGUUUGUUAAAAACGCAGUCACACUUGGGUGUUAGAUCAAGUUUAUUAAUUCAUUAAUAUACAUGGUGCCAGAAUGCAUGCCUCUUUUAUGACAGUAAGAGCUUUUUUAUUUAACAUAGUUUUUUUCCAAACAAAAUGCAUAAAAAUGUCAUGUUGCGUCAUUUUUACUUGCAUGAAAUUUUACUUUUCAGAUGUUUUUACUUGCAUUUCUGAGUUCCCUCUGGUGUACAGAAUUUGUUAACAAACAUAAAAUCAAACUUACUCUUUGCUCAGCUGUGUUCCAGUCUUUGUCAUUCAUUAGUGAAAUAUAUUUCACAUUUAGACAUUAGACUCAUAAUGCUGGUCUACACAUUUCUGUUUCUAUAUUGUUUCAAGAUGAAAUGAUCUAAUACAAACAAGUGCGUGAGAUUUUGCUGCAAGAUUUUAAUUAAAAAUGUAUUGUUGUGACAUCAGCAGCUUGAUUUAAAUGUAAAAAAAAAAUAAUAUUAUGUAUUAA